AUCUCUCUUGCUUUAUUGCUCUCACUUACGCUUCAUCAGUCUGUGGACAUGACUAUGCAAAAAUAAUGCUGCUCCGUCAGAAUUUUAUCAUCAUUCUAGUGUUCUUUGGGAUGGUAUUGAGUGGGAUCAUUUACCUGAACAAUAACCAGUGCAGAUGCAAUCAGAAGAUGAAAGAACAAGGCAUCAUCAAUGGUGGCACCGACGAAAUCAUCCACCCAAGGAAGUCAAGAUGCAAUCAGCAGAUAACAGAACAAGGCAUCACCAACCUAGAAUGGAAGCAAAAUACCUUUGGAUUGCGCUCAUCACCAGGGUUGUUGUACAACCAGCAGAGUGCAUUGGUAGGAAGUCGGACAGAUGUUGCUUCUGUGACUUCAUGGUCAGCUCCAAUCAUUUGGGAGGGAACAUUUGACUCCACACUGAUCGACUCGAUCUACAAACAACAGAAUCUCACCAUCGCAACCACUGCCUUCGCUUUGGGAAAAUACGUUCGUUUUGUCAAAGAUUUUCUGGAGUCAGCUGAGCAGCAUUACUUUGUUGGAUUUCGAGUGCAUUACUACUUGUUUACAGAUCAACCAGAAUUAGUUCCUGAAGUGAAGAUGGGUGAAAACCGUAGUCUGACAGUUCUAAAGGUUCAGAGUUUGAACAGAUGGCAGGACAUCAGUAUGAGCAGGAUGGAAAAACUGGAGAAACUGAUAGAGAGUGAACUGGCCAGUGAGGCCAACUAUAUCUUCUGCCUGGACAUAGAUACCAAGUUCUAUGGCCGUUGGGGUGUGGAGUCUUUGGGUCGUCUGGUAGGCGUGAUACAUCCUUGGCUCUAUGAUACUUCAAGGGAUAAAUUCACAUAUGAGCGCAGUCCAAAGUCUCAAGCAUACAUUCCAGCUGGGGAAGGUGAUUAUUAUUACGCUGGAGGUGCAUUUGGUGGUUCAUUGGAGGAUGUAUAUCAUCUCACAAAAACCUGCAGGGAGAAGAUGAGCAUUGAUGCUGCAAGCUCCAUUGAGGCGGUAUGGCAAGAGGAGUCACACUUGAACAAGUAUUUCCUUUUGAACAAACCUAGUAAACUGCUCUCUCCUGAAUAUAUGUGGCGGGACAUCAACGCAAGUGCCGCCCAAAUAAAAAUUGUUCGCUUCACUAAUGUACCUAAAAACUAUGCUGAAGUUCGUCCAAACCCGUAGGAACUGUUAGCUGAGGUGUUCAUUUAAGUUGUAACUGUGUAUUGGAUGUUCUUGUACAAAACAGAAAUGAAAUAAAGUUUGGUAAAAA